AUGAUAGGAUUCUGGAAAACGGGUUGCUUACGGCUAGACUGAAAAAGGUAGUACAGGGUUGCUAAAGGAUAGUGUUGUAAACGUAACAAAGGGUUGCUUAUAAGCGGUGAAUACGGCGUUGCCACAUAUAUACAAACUUCUUUAUAAAUUUAACGGAUGAGUUUAACGGACAAUUGCGGUAUCGACCUGUCUCUUCUUUUAUUUUCGUUCCAUUUUUUCUGUAUACAUUUCUGCACAUAUAUAAAACUUAUUUAUUACAUAAAAAAGUGAAGUCAUUGCGUUCAUAGAGAGUAUAUGAGAUGGGCGUAAAACCGAGGCUUUAUUUAUCCAUUUUACCAUUGUGUGAAUUAUUUAUUGUAGUGGUUGCUGGUGAAUAACUCUUGGAUUUUCUUCACACCAAAGUCGAGAGUUUUGUUUAUUUACCGCACCACUCUGAUGAAACUGAGCUUCAUCAGAGAAGGUAAAUUUAAAAAUUUAUUGAACCAAUCGCUACAAUUCUUUAAAAACUUUAAAAAUAGGCUCCUUCUGCGUCGAUGCUGCGCUGGCAGCGCGAUUUCCAAGCAUUGAAGGCGUCACCGAAGGCUUUCACCGGAAUAGCCUUGAGAGUCGAGGUGCUUGUGCUUGGUUCCCCUCUGUCCUCUCAAAACAAUCGGAACAUUGCCUCCUUGUAUCGGGAUCAUACUCAAAGAUCCAUUACUUAUCACCUGUGAUCACGUUAUUCAAAAAUUGGGGGUCACUUUCACACAUGUUCAAAUUUUCUUGCCACAUUUUCACUCAACGCAAUUUCUGGUCGUCAGUGAGCACUUUUGGGAUCAUCUUCGCGACACCUUGCGAAUGUUCAAGUGCUCCGUCAUAAUGUCAUGUACCACAAAUAUUGAUAACUUGAACAUCUGGGCAAUUAAACGAAAACUUAUGCCGGUAUUGUCACUGGCGAAGCGAAUGCAUUGGCGAGUCGAAUGUUUUAGGCGAAAAUUCGCCAUGUUCAUAUUGUGACUGGCGAAAGAACACAUUCGCUCAACUUUUUUGUUGCCAUACUAAAAUAAUUGAGAAAUGUCACACGAGUUCAUCCGAAAUUGACAUAUUUGACGUAUUAUUGUUAUUGUUUUCGAAUUUUAUCAUUCGCUUAUUCGUUAUUGUGUGUUUUGAAAUUUUACCGUGAUUUUAAAAAAGUGAAUAAAAAUGUUUAACAACGUAGAUUUAUAUUUUGAAAACAGUGUUGUUGAAAGGACAACAGCGAAGUUACUUAGGCAGCGACGGUUCAUCAGAGAUCACUCUAAUCCCAUGGAACUUUCUUCAGUGUUAUUUAAAGAAAACUUUCCGUUAAGUAAGGAUGCAUUUAUGUAUGUGCUAGACAGCAUAAAGGAAAAAUGUCCGACUAACCUAUCGUCGUCAAUAUCGCCGAUGUUGAAAUUGUGCUGCUUUCUCAGAUUUUUGGCUCAUGGGAGCUAUCAGCAAACAGUGGGAAAUGAUUUCGAACUAGGUAUUGCACAGCCCACUGUUUCGUUGAUUUUUAAGGAAAUGCUUCCAAUAUUGGAAUCCACUCUGUGCAGUGUCCGGAUCAAAACAGACAUAACUGAAGAGCAGAAACGAACAGCAAGAAGGAAUUUUUUCACCAGAUCAGGAAUUCCAAAUGUGGUUGGUUGCGUUGAUGGAACCCAUGUUGCAAUUAUUGCACCAUGUGAGAACAAGCACUUAUAUGUGAAUAGAAAAGGAUUUUACAGCAUAAAUGCGAUGAUUGCAUGCGAUGAGGAUAUGGUUAUACGGCGUGUUGAUGCAAGAUAUGGAGGAUCUAGCCACGAUUCAUUUGUGUGGAACAAUCGCGCUUUAAAAACAUAUCUGGAGCAAACAUACCAAAAAGGAGAUCAUAAUUCGGUUUACUUAGGUGAUUAUGGUUAUCCACUACACGAGUAUCUAUGGACGCCUUUCCGAAACGCUUUACCAGGAACAGUGGAAUCAAAUUUUAAUAAGAAACAUGCAAAGGCAAGGAACGUAGUUGAACGGACAAUUGGAGUGCUGAAAUGCCGUUUUCGUUGUAUACUUGGUGAACGUAAACUACGAUAUCCUCCUAGUAAAGCAACUGUUAUUGUAAAUGUUUGUUGUGCUUUACACAAUAUUUGCAAACAAUAUAAUGUGAAUGAUCCUGAAGAAGAAACUUUUGUUGAUGUGGUAGUACCACUGGAACCAGUUGAAGGAAACUUCAGUGGAACAGCAGCAGAUCAUCGCCGAAGACAAAUUGCGAAUGCAUUGUCAUAAUAUAGUUGCAUCCCUAAAAUAUAUGUAAAGUAUAUGUAACAUAACUACAAUAAAAUAACUGAAAUUAAUUUUGAAUUGC